GAGGGAGGGAGGGAGGAAGUCAUGCAGCACCUAGCUGUACGGCAUGUUCUGUUUGCCCUGGCUGCUGUCUUGGCAACUUCAUUGGCCUUGUGGGUGAGAACGUACUACACCAUCAACAAGGUGCCUGCUGCUGAGGCUUCCCUGCCCGAUCGCGGCUUCACUUAUGCCGGCGUGCAGGUUGGCACUGGACGCCCGGCCACUCCGAUCGAGCUGCUGUACGAGCGCGCGCAGAUGGUUGUGGCGGUGGCGAGCACCAUGUUUGUCACGCUCUUUGUUGUCGCGCACGAGCGAAUGGUCCUGCUGGGUCGACUGACUACCCUCUGGCUCUUUCUCUCGCUCGUUUCGGUCCCGAUGAUGGUGCUGACGUAUGCUCCGUUUCCACGGCCCGAGUGCCCCGCGCUCGCCGGCUCGCUCAUCGCCUGCUCGCCGUCGUUCUGGUCGAUCAACGUCAUGUACUUGGCCCUCUUUGCCGGUCUUUGGCGCCACACCGUCCGCGACUCGGCCAUCGGCGACGUGCUCGCCGGCCUCUCGCCGCUGGCCAUGUGGCUUGUCGAGCGCUCGGCCUGGCUCCUUGUCGCCGCCAUGUGCUACGUCCAGAUCCACGGGCGGACGCACUACUCGGUCUCGCUCGCGCUGGCCAUCAUGGCCGGAUGGCAUGUCGCCGAGGAGCUCUUUACCCGCGCUGCUCUCGACUUCCCGGCCUUUGAGUACAAGUCGGUCUAUCUGGCCACCAUUGACUGGGCCUCGGCCGAGCUCCGCAAGUCCUCACUCGGUCGCGUUGUCUACCGCCCGCGCAAGCUUGAAUAGCACUGCUCACUAGGAUUAAAGAGAAAGAGUUCCC